AUAUAAAUUUUGAAGGAAUUUUUUUAGCUUAUAGUUUAGAUAUCAUAAGAUUGUUAUGAAUAUCGCAGGUAGACAUGUCAGCAUUGUGGUUGUUACCGCAACACUGCCUAACAGGAUUAGGCGAGGCUUUGAACGCCAUAGGACAAAUAGAGUUGUACUACUCACAAUUCCCAAAGAGCAUGGCAAGUAUCUCUGUUGCACUUUUCGCCUUAGGUAUGGCCUUCGCUAAUGUCGUAGGGAGCCUUAUUGUCAAUAUAGUAGACGUUGCUUCUAAAAGUGCUGAUGCUACAAAAGAAAGUUGGGUUUCGACUAAUUUGAACAAGGGCCACUACGACUACUAUUAUUGGAUACUCACUCUUCUAAGUCUAGUAAAUUUUAUAUACUUCUACUUCUGCAGCCGCGCUUUUAAAUAUUGCGACCACGACAUAUUUUGGGAUCAUGACAAUAGGACCGCUCAGUUCACCGACAAGGAAGAUAUCAUGCUUGAUAUUCCUAAAUCUACAGGCGACGACUCAUCUUCGAUAUAUUUUUCGGCUUGAUAUUAUUUUUCUAGCUACGUGCACUAUCUCUUCCUUGGUAUUAUUGCUACGCGUUAGUCGUGUGAAUGUUUAUUAUAUAUAUGUGAAAUCAUAUAUUAUAGUAGUUUGCGAAACAGCCCAUUAGAG